UACUUUGUUGAUUUUUUGAUUUGCACAUGCUAAAAUUAGUCUCUUCUAAAAUUAAUUACAUCCGCAGAAACCGUUUACGAAACUACGGAUAUUUUUUAAUUACUUCACCUAAAAAUGAUGACUGUGCGUUUGCAUGUUAUCGACAAGGCGUAGACGAACGUACACAAUAUUUAUCUUUCAUAUUUUUCCCGUGAAUUAACGAUUUCCUUGCAACGUUAUCUCUGGGAAAUCAUUAUUUAUGUUGCAAAUAGACGGUUUAACGAAAAGCUCGAUUAUUUUCAACGUUUUUAACAAAUAUUAAAGCUUGUUAAAGUUACGCGCAGUGUUGUCGUCCAUCCGCUGAUUUACUUCAGUUUCUUAUGGAGUGUUGUGCCGUGUGUACGUAUGUGAUCUCAUGAUGGCUGCCCCUUUGACACAAGAACAAGAAAAUGCAACGAAAGAAUUCAUCGAAAGAGUGAACGCUAAAUUUAAGAGAAACGGCUGUACAACCUCCUGGUCUACUGCAGUACUUUUUUUGUACGCCCGAAAAUUUGACGUGAACAGGGCUGUAGCCUUGUACGAACAGCACGAAGCCACUAGACAGCGCGAAGGCCUAAACAAAUUCGACCCCCACAAAGAACCCCUUCACAGCGAGCUACUCACUGGAAAAUUCACAGUUUUGCCUAAAAGAGAUGCAAACGACGCAGCUAUAGCAGUGUUUACAGCCCACAAACAUAUACCGGCCUCUAGCAGUCACCAAACUACCCUUCAGGGGGUUGUAUAUCAGUUGGACGUUGCCCUACAGAACCCUUUGACACAGAAAUCCGGGAUAGUUUUUAUAUACGACAUGUCUAACUCAAAAUACUCCAAUUUUGACUAUGAUCUGUCACAGAAGAUCUUGACAUUAUUAAAGGGCGGCUACCCGGCCAAACUGAAAAAAGUCCUCAUCGUGACCGCGCCUCUCUGGUUCAAGGCCCCCUUCAAGAUCCUGCGCCUGUUCGUGCGCGAAAAACUGCGCGAACGCGUCUACACCGUCUCGGCCGCCCAACUCCUAGCUCACAUCCCUCGCGACUCCCUGCCCGCCCGUUUGGGCGGCUCCCUCGUCCUGGACCACGAUGGCUGGCUGGACCAGUGCCUGCUGGCCUCGAUGAACGGAGGGCUCACCGAUGGCCACCGCACGCCGCUGUCGACGUCGCCCCAGAAAAAGGUCGCCCAGGGCGGCGAGGUCGAGGGUGCAGGAGAUACCUGGUCGUCGGAGGAGGGUAACUUGAACCCGCCGUCCAGCGCGUCGAGUGGGUUCAGUGAUGACGAUUCGUUGCACGGCGACGGCGCGGCAUUGAGUAUGUCUCAGCUGGUGGACUAUGUGAGGGAGAGGGGGAGGUCGGGUUUGGUGCAGGAGUAUGCGGAGAUCAGAUCCAGGCCGCCGGAUGGGAGUUUUAACGUGGCGAAACUUAGGCCGAAUCUAGCUAAAAACAGGUAUACAGACGUACUGUGCUACGACCACAGCCGUGUAAUACUCUCCGAACUCGACGGGGACAGAGAUAGCGACUACAUCCACGCCAACUUCGUGGACGGUUACAAGCAAAGAAACGCCUUCAUCAAUACACAGGGUCCUCUCCCAAGGACGACGGUUGAUUUCUGGAGGAUGGUGUGGGAACAACACACGCUAGUGAUAGUGAUGACCACCAGGGCCAUGGAGAGGGGGAGGCCCAAGUGUCACCAGUACUGGGAGAGCGAGGAGGGAGGAGAGACGGUUUAUGGUCACUUCGGAGUGAAAACUUUGGCUGUGGAAACGGAUCCGGAUUAUACGGUGACGACGAUAGGUCUAACUAAUAUGAAGACGGACGAAACCAGGGAGGUGUCCCACUGGCAAUUCACCUCCUGGCCCGACUACGGCGUCCCCUCGUCCGCCAAGGCCAUGCUCGAGUUCCUCGACAGGGUGCGCCGUCAGCAAGCCAGCAUGGUCAGCGCACUCGAAGACACGUGGGCGGGGCACCCUCGAGGUCCUCCCAUCGUAGUCCACUGCAGCGCCGGUAUUGGCCGAACAGGCACGUUCUGUACGCUGGACAUCUGCAUUUCGAGGUUAGAAGAUAUCGGCACUGUGGACGUUAGAGGUACGGUGGAAAGGAUCAGGUCGCAGAGAGCGUACUCGAUCCAGAUGCCUGAUCAGUAUAUUUUCUGUCAUUUGGCGUUGAUCGAGUAUGCGCUGUCGAAAGGACAUCUGCAGUCUGUGGACUUGACGGGGUUUGAUCAGGGUGCUGAGGAAGAGUCUGAUUGAGGUUAG